GCUACACUGGCCCGCGUUAAAUAUUUCCGAUGACGGAGCGAAAUAGCUCAUAGGGAUGUAAAUCAGUGCGAACGCUGACUUCGAACCAGAUAUUCAGUUGGAUAGCGAGCGGUGGUAUGGAUUAGCGAGAUGAAUAAUGCUGCAACCUUGGAAUUAUAUCAUGGAUGAAGUAUUGAUUCCAAAGAUUCGGCAUCAAAGCAAAUGAACUAUGUUCGUAGAUUGAUGAUGACAAUUAUGGUGCAAAAGAUGCAGACACGAUAUUUUCCUUUUUUUGAAUUAACCAUGAAACAAAUUGAUUUUAACUGCAUUGUUGAUAUUUUCAUUUACAACUUUUGAAUAUAUUUGAUUGCAUCAAGUACCAACAUAAACGCGUUACAACGUAAAAAGGGUGACUUUAAAAUGGUCAAUUAAUUAGUUUGACCUAUGUAAGGUAACAAUAUGGAUAAAUAAACGAUAAAGGACAUUGGGAGCCUGCAUUAAAAGAUUUCCGCAAGUUAGAAAUCUGCCUAGACCUUGUUAACGAAGAUGGCGAACACUUACGAGAGAGUGCUGAACGUGAUUGGGAAGAAACCCCCGCUCCGUCAGGACUUCGAGAUACAAGGACUGCUACCAUGGUUAAGGAAAAAGUCCAAACUAUUUUCGACCUUGAAAACAGAAUGCUUGAAGGACAUAGUACGGAACUGCAGCGUAGGAAAGUUCCAAAAAGAUGACGUCAUCAUCCGUCAGGGGGAGAUUGGCGACUGUUUCUACAUCAUUCUGGCGGGUAAGAUCUCCAUAUUCAUCAUCAACAAGGACAAAGAGGGGACCGGAAGCAGCGACGAGCAGUCCGCAUAUGACGUCAUCGGUAGCCUUGACAGUGAAGGAAAUCUGGACCGGAGCAAAUUGGGCAACUUUGUCACAAGUCUUGGAUCUGGAUUUCCGUUCGGCGAAGUGGCGCUCGUUUCCGACGACGCCGUACGUACGGCUACGAUUAUUGCCGAAGAGGAAACGGACUUGCUCGUGGUCGAUCGGGCCCUCUACAAUCGAGCGGUCCGAGAUGUCCUCGCGGCGGAGUUCGAGGAAAAGCAGUUCUUUAUCAAGCACAACGACAUGUUUUCCUCGUGGAUUCCUAAGUACCGGAAGCAGCUAGCGAUGGCUAUGUACAAAGAGACGUUUCCGUAUGAAUCGGUGCUAGUUCGACAGGGUGACACCGUUCAAAACAUUUACUUUAUUGUCAGCGGUCAAGUUGAGAUUCGAGCCGAUAUCAAUAUGCAUGAGUCUCAAUACCCAAAACUGUACCGACUACUAGAGGACGAACGUGAAAAACUGAUCAAGGAGAAACGGCAGCGGCGUCAACAACCGGAAGUGGAAAACAUCCCGCCGCCGCUCAGAAAGAAGGACGCGCCUGUUAAGACCCUGAAAAUGUGUUACCUCGGAAAGAACGAGUCGCUCGGCGAGAUAGAGGUCCUCAUGGAUAUGGAGACGUAUAUGACGUCAGCCAUCUGCACGGAGCGCACCGAGGUCUUAGUGCUCGAGAUGAAGCACUAUGAGCGUCUCUUCGUUAAGAAGCAUCAGAGAACCAUCGACGUCAUGCGCAGGCGCCUUGAGGUGAAGCACAACACGCGCACUUCCGUUCUAAAGGAAUACGAUGCGGUGCCUCUACUCAAGCUGCUGCAACUGAAACUGAAGUUGUUACACAACCCUCCAUCAAUCCCUGGGGACAAACAAAAGGCCCACGAGAGCUCCGUGCAAAUCGCAGAGAAACUAUUCUUUAACCACCAGGGUCCUCUACUGGAUAUCGACGGUCCAGGUAGCGUGUUCUACAUGAUACGUGCGCGGGAGAAGUCCAGACUGUUGAAGGCCCACCGGAAGGAGCGACCUGGCCCUCAACAGCGCAACAAGCCGCCUGGGCACGUCCAUGUGGUGCGUGUUCCUCAGUCGCUCAUAAUGGCGGCCCAGAAUUCCGGUUCCGAGCUCACACAAGCGGCGUACCCUGACCAUGCCCAUAUAUCGAAUGAAAAUAAAAUUAUGGAAAAUAUCCAGCAAUUGCGUGGAAGUGAAAUUGACACGGUCGCAAGUUCAAACAAUCCUGAUAAUACUGAAACAAGCUUUUCCCCCGUAAUUGUUAGUCAUAGUACCGAGGACAACAAAAUGCAGACAUCUGAAGUUGUGGAAAGGACGAAUACUGUUCGAGCGUCCAUUGCAAGGUCGUUCAGGCGUAUUCAGAGUGCGGAUAAAGACAAAAACAGACAUGUAAAUGAUAUUGAACAAACGGGCGCUUCCAGCAUUAAAGGCGACAAAGAGAAUAGAUCUUUGCCGAAUUCUCCGAGAAUACAUUUUGACAGAAGCACGACUGAAACAAGACUCCAAAACUUGGAGGAAAAAGUGGCCGAGUGGUUACGGAAGGAUAAUCCGCGCGCAUGCGCAAACGUAGCAAAAUUGAGGCGUCUUCAAGUUGAGGAAUUAGAACCCCCACCGAAACCAGGAAACAAAAUUGUUAUACGUAGACGCUCACGUGGUAGCCGUAGUGAUUCGUCUGCUGCGACCGGAAGCGGAAAGUCCGAAAUGGUGGAAAGUGUAAAAUUAACCAAAAGUACCUAUAACUCACAGAAAGGGAGCAGAAGCAAUUUCCUAGAUUUGACCAAGGAGGAUCAUUCUUUGGAUAGAUACAGGAUACUUUUAGCGAAAUGAAAUUAUGCACUGGAAUAACAAUUCUUAGGACAUAAUGAAAUAAAUAUGUAUUACGUGUUACUUUCCAGACCCCAAAAUGUUGACCUCCACAACAUUGUAUCAAGUUGACUGCAUGUAUGACUGAUAAUAAUUUUGAUUUUUUUUUUGUUUUGGUUAACAAAGUGACGUGCAUCGAUAACAAGCAUGAAAACUGUUGAAGAAUGUUAUUACAGAUGUGUUUAUACUCAUUUUCACAUUUAAAUGCAUUUUGCAGACUUAGCUCCUGAUUGUUCUCACUACAAAAGUCGAGUGGUAUCCCUUGGACAGAUUUAGUAUAAAAGAGUCGAAGGAAUUCCCUGUCAUCUGGAAAAAAGUUUAAAUGUUAAGAGACUGCCGAUUUGCCGUUCGGAAGUGUUUUUUUUCUAGACGAAUUGAUAACGAUGAGUAAAUGUCUAUUACUAAGGUGCCUUGAAUAGCUCUCAUUUGCCUCAAAUAGCUUUAGGUAUAUUAAUUAGCGACUUAAUCACGAUACAUCACUGAUGGUAUGGAUAAACAAAUAUAUAUAGUUGCUAGAAAACAGCAAACUCUAUUACAAUCAAAUAAUGGCGUAAUGUUAAAUAACGUAUUAGUGAAACAGCAUGCUGUUUCAUAAUUAUAUUGUUUCUUGGCAUGGUUUACACUGAAAUUAAUUGAUUAUAAUUAGCAAUAUGCUUACUAUACAUACUGAUUAUCAAUAUUUAGACCUAUGUACAAACUUAA